CUGCAGGAGAGAGGAAGGAAAGGCUGGAGGCAGCAGCCGGGACACAGGCAGCAUCCCUCCCCGGUGUGCACAGAGGACAGGCAGACAUGAGGACGAGCUGAGUGAGCGCUGUACCCCAGACGUGUCCAUCCAGGAUCAGGGAAAAUGAUUCCAGUUACUGAAUUCCGUCAGUUCUCGGAACAGCAACCAGCUUUCCGGGUCCUCAAACCUUGGUGGGAUGUCUUCACUGAUUAUCUCUCGGUGGCCAUGCUGAUGAUUGGCGUAUUUGGCUGUACACUGCAGGUCAUGCAGGACAAGAUAAUCUGUCUGCCAAAAAAAGUACAUACAGUUCACAACGCUUCUAUCUAUAAUUCUUCAGGUCCUGUCCUCAAUGUGCCUCUUCCUGCUCCCAAGCCAUUAGCCUCUUCUGGGACUGUGGAGAUGAAAGGGUUAAAAACAGAUUUGGAUCUCCAGCAGUACAGCUUUAUCAACCAGAUGUGUUAUGAGCGUGCUCUUCACUGGUACGCAAAGUAUUUUCCUUACCUGGUGCUCGUGCACACCCUAAUUUUCAUGGUGUGCAGCAACUUUUGGUUUAAGUUUCCCGGAUCAAGUUCCAAAAUCGAGCACUUUAUUUCCAUACUUGGAAAGUGUUUUGAAUCUCCCUGGACAACACGAGCAUUAUCUGAAGUGUCUGGUGAGGAUCCAGAGGAGAAAGAUAAUCGAAAGAACAAUAUGAGUAAGACCAUGGGUAUCCCUGCUGUGGAGAAUCCCCUUGUUAAGUCUCAGUCACUCAAAUCCAUACCAGAAAAGUUUGUUGUUGAUAAAGCAGCUGCUGGGGCCCUGGAUAAAAAGGAAGGCGAGCAAGCCAAAGCCUUGUUUGAGAAAGUAAAAAAGUUCCGGCUCCACGUUGAGGAAGGGGAUCUGCUAUAUGUCAUGUAUGUUCGCCAGACCAUCGUAAAGGUUCUCAAGUUCCUUUUUAUUAUUUGCUAUAAUAGUGCACUUGUUUCAAAAGUACAAUUCACAGUGGACUGUAAUGUUGACAUACAAGAUAUGACCGGUUAUAAGAACUUUUCCUGUAACCACACAAUGGCACAUCUGUUCUCCAAGCUAUCCUAUUGUUACUUGGGCUUUGUUGGUGUGUAUGGAUUAACGUGCCUUUAUACACUUUACUGGUUAUUCCACCGAUCCUUAAAGGAAUAUUCUUUUGAAUAUGUUCGCCAAGAGACUGGCAUUGAUGACAUACCGGAUGUGAAGAACGAUUUUGCCUUUUUGUUUCAUAUGAUUGAUCAGUAUGAUCCACUGUACUCAAAAAGAUUUGCUGUUUUCCUUUCAGAAGUCAGUGAAAACAAACUGAAACAAUUAAGCUUAAAUAACGAAUGGACAGCUGAUAAGUUGAGACAAAGGUUACAAACAAAUUCCUCCAACCGUUUAGAGCUACAACUGUUUAUGCUGUCUGGUCUUCCUGACACUGUGUUUGAAGUUACAGAGCUCCAGUCUUUAAAGCUGGAAAUUAUGAAUAAUGUCAUGAUACCAGCAACAAUUGCUCAACUUGAUAAUCUCCAAGAAUUGACGUUGUAUCAGUGCUCCGUUAAAAUUCACACAGCAGCACUGGCAUUUCUAAAAGAGAACCUGAAGGUACUAAGAGUAAAGUUUGACGAUGUUCGAGAACUUCCACCUUGGAUGUACAGCCUAAGGAACCUUGAGGAACUCUAUCUUAUUGGCUUUUUAAGCCCUGAUGUUUCAAAAAAUAUUAACCUUGAGUCUUUUCGUGAGCUCAGGAGUCUAAAAAUACUAUUUAUCAAAAGUAAUUUAUCUAAAAUUCCUCAAGGGGCUGUUGAUGUUGCUGGGCAUCUUCAAAAGUUGUGUGUCCAUAAUGAUGGCACUAAGGUGGUGAUGGCAAACAAUUUGAAGAAGAUGGUAAACUUGACUGAGCUGGAGCUUGUACACUGUGACUUAGAGCGCAUACCUAAUGCCAUUUUCAGUCUGUCAUCACUCCAAGAACUGGAUCUGAAAGAAAAUAAUCUCAAGUCCAUUGAAGAAAUUCUAAGUUUCCAACACUUACGCAAACUAACCAUCUUGAAGCUUUGGUUCAACAGUAUUACUUACAUCCCAGAACACAUUAAAAAGCUAACCAGCUUGGAACGGCUGUACUUCGGCCACAACAAAAUUGAGGUGCUUCCUUCUCACUUGUUCUUAUGUCACAAACUCCGAUACUUAGACUUGUCUUAUAACGACAUCAGGUUCAUUCCCCCUGAGAUUGGGGUUCUCCAAAGCUUGCAGUAUUUUUCAAUAUCUUGCAACAAAGUGGAAAGCGUUCCAGAUGAACUCUACUUUUGCAAGAAACUGAAAACUUUAAAGAUUGGAAAAAAUAAUUUGUGCUCGCUUUCACCAAAAAUUGGAAACUUAGUUUUCCUUUCUUAUCUGGAUAUUAAGGGCAAUCACUUUGAGAGUUUACCACCAGAACUUGGAGACUGUAGAUCCCUGAAGAAAAGUGAACUUAUUGUAGAAGACAUUUUGUUUGAGACACUUCCAACCGAUAUUAGAGAAAAAAUGAAAUUGGAGUAACACAUGGUAGUCUAUCAGCAGCUGGCACUACUGCAUUGGUCUGUUACUUUUUGGCCUUGGAAAUAAAAUCACAAACUACUGUUAUGUUGGAGGAGUUCUUGCUACACCUUAUUAAUGGACCUUAAACUGCCUUAUGAUUUUAUUUUCCUAACUUGGCCCUUUUAUAGUGGGCAUUACUCCUGUAUAAGAUUUGUUGUUUUUCCUUAACACUUUAUGAUGCUUAUUGAUCUUAAAUAUAUGGCAUUUUAAAAAAUUAUUGCCGGGCAAUAUACAUUUUAUUAACAUGUUAGUCUUUUGAAUUUUUAAAUGCUCAGGUACUGUCUAUGGUUCUGAGAAACAUUUUAUGUUUUUUUGACCAUAUCCUGUUGUACAGUUAUUUGUGUUUUUUGUUACCAUUAUAGGGACCAAUACAAUACUAUUACAUUAAUUAUAUAUUUUCCUGUAAAGUGAAUGGAUUCCAGAAAAAUGUCAAAAAGUCAUGUUAUGUUGUGCCUUAAAGUGCUUACAUAGGCAGACUAUCAAAAUACAUACUCUAAAUGCAAAACAUAAGUUUAGUAUUAUGGCCAGAAGUGUUAAUUAGUGCCUGCUAUUCACUGUGCACACAGCUUUCCAUCCCUAUCUAUCAUUUGACUCAUAUCCUGCUAGCCUUGUG